AAUUCAGGCUAUUGAACAACAACAAACGAAACGUGGAAUUUACAAGACAAACAUCUGUCGCAACAUCUGCUUGGAUUUGAAUGGACUUAUAAAGUAACCUAAAGAACGGCUAUCUAAAAAAGAACAAAUAGCGUGCUUUUGAUAGCCUACUUCUGGAUUGGAAACAUGAACGAUACACGUAAUUCCUCUACACGCACGUUGCCUGACAAGACAGCUGAAGCGAUGGCUGUACCCGUAUUAAUGUUUGCAGUUGGUGUCAUUGGAAAUAUAAUAGCAAUAGCCGCUCUUUCUGGAUCUAAGCAGGAGCGCAAAUCCUCCGCGUUCUUCGCCCUAGUUUGUGGUUUGGCUGUUACGGAUCUGCUUGGGACUUGUUUGGCCAGCCCAAUCACUAUAGCAACAUACCUCAAUGAAAAUGUGUUAUAUGAGAAUACUAACCUUUGUGAAUUCCAUUCCUUUUUGUUGCUGUUCUUCGGAGUGGCUGGGCUAAGUAUUAUAUGCGCAAUGUCUGCUGAGCGCUACCUCGCGAUAUGCUGCCCUUACACUUACCAAAGAUGGGGAAUUGACCAACAUUUUGCACGCAAGUUCUUGUUUUGCAUUUAUCUCAGCAACAUUGCAUUUUGUUGUCUCCCCGUGAUGGGCAUGGCUGGAAGCAUUUGUCAGCCCUCCAAAACGUGGUGCUUCAUCAACUGGAGGGCUGAUAAGACACUGCCUGCAACAUUUUCGUUUUUAUACGCCAGUGUGAGUUUUUUACUGAUAUUGAUGACCAUACUACUCAACUUUGCAGUUUGUGGCACUCUGUUGAUAAUGCGUCGCAGGAAAAUACAAAGUCCAGUCACAAGAGGGAGCACACGGGCGCGCUGGAAAGCGCUUUCCUCCGGUGUGGAAGCGCAAAUGAUGACGGUGCUCAUGGUGACCUCCGUGGUUGUUUUAGGUUGCUCAGCGCCGCUGGUGGUACGCGUAUUUUCUAACCAGAUAACAUGGGCAGAGAAUUCCCAUGCAGAUUUGAUGGCUAUUCGGAUCGCCUCGGUCAACGCCAUCCUUGACCCUUGGAUCUACAUCCUCCUGAGAAGGACUUUGUUCCGUAAGAUUCAGAGAUUCUCUAAAGUGUUUUACAGUAGUCGCAAAGGCAAAGCACCCAUGUUGCCAGUAAAAUCAUCACAAAGGACAUUCCACUACCAAGGAGACAUUACAAACACCCAUGUAUUCACACCUCUGUGAAGCGCCUUGCAUAAAAAACAUCAUUCACCUGCCCGCCACAGUCGCCCAGUGCGCCCACGUCACCCAGGGGGGACAAAGCUUGCCAAUACUCCCCACAAGUUGUCCGAUAUCCAGUCUCACAAUGUGUUCUGUCGAUAUAGUUGAUGAUGGGUGGCAAUUCACCUGUUUUAAAUAUAUAACUUAAAAAAAACGUAGAUUAAUUAAACAAAUGAACCAUGUAACAGUUCGAUUAUAGAUAGUACGAUGGGCUCAAGCAUUUGGCUCAAUCACAGCAAUGUAUAAGUAUUACACAAACAAUAAAUAUGACAUUGUGAAGUUAAAGAGAUCAGUUGUAUAAACACCAGGUGUGUUUAGUGCUGCUAACCAAUUCAGACUUUUUAUGUUCAUUGGUAAUAUCAAUGAGCAAAGAGUUGGUCAACGGAAUGAUCACAUUUUGAGUCUGUUUAGUUUUGGCCACAAUGUUUUUCCCCAUUGUGUCCACAGAGAGGUUGUUCAUUACUUGGUUAAAGGUCCAAUGCAGCCGUUUUUAUCACAAUAUCAAAUCAUUUCCGGAUAACAAUUACGUACCUUACUGUGAUUGUUUUUAAUUAAAAUGGUCAAAAAUUAACAAAAAUAACUUCUUAGCAAAGAGCAAUUCUUCAAGCAAGAAUUUUGCUAGGACUCUGGGAUUGGUCUGAGCGGGGAGGCUCAAACAGAAAACUAGCUAUGGCAGAAAGGUUUGGAACUCUCUUUCUUAUUGGUCUAUUUGGUGAUGUCACCAGGCAGACCAAAAUUGCAUCCCACCCAAACAGGUAGAAAUUUCAGGCGGCCUUUUCAAACAGCUCUUACACUAAAAGGGCGUUAACAUAAUUUUCACAAUUUUACAGUAUUAUUCCAACCUCAUAGUGUGGAAAUAUAUAUAAAUCACAGAAAAUCACGUUUUUGUCUGCACUGGGCCUCUAACCAAGACCCUUGUUGAUAGAGUCACUGUGUCGUCACCUUUAGCGGUGUUGGCAGAAAGCGGAUGUUGCGAGUUCAGGGAUACUUCUGUUUCCCCUGAAAAACGGAAGUGGGGACAUCACUUAAAUAGAGUUUUGACCAGAGGUGGCGCCUCCCCUUCACAACGAAUCACUCCAAUGCUUUUCUUUGCUUGAAACUUGCAUAAAGUAGAGCAGAGCUCAACUUUUUCUACCGCUCUGCUAGCAGGGUUCUCGCCGCUCACCUUCCCACAAUCUCCCGCACAUUUCUCUGUGUUCCCUCAUUGAAAAUGAAAAGGGGGCAGAACUUCUCCUGCUGAAUUCGUUGUUGGUGAAAACCCACUGUCAGACGUUAUUCUAUCCCUGUUACGUUAGGUUACUGUGUCAUAGACCCUUGAGGGGCUAAUGGAUCAAGCUCAAAGGCAGUUCAUGCACAAGAUGUAGUUUAAUCUCCCGGAUCUACUCUAUAGCCUGAAGGGGCAGCAAACGCAAAGUAACAGACAUUUCACAGCAGACACUUUGGUGUCACUUCUGCAGAGUUUUAAACAACCUCAGAGGAGCAGGAUGUGUCCAAGUGUUUUUCUCAAAACUUUGGACUGAAUUUUAAACACUGUCCAGCAACUAUACUUGCGACUGCAGUUACUCUCAAAAAACAGGCAUUGAACUUUGUCAUGGAGGUCAUGGGAGAGAGAGGGACUCAUCCCCAGGGAGAUGAUUGGUUCCCCUAGGUUGUGUUCCUAUUUUCUACCCUUCACCCAGAAGUGUGCACUUGUUCACUUCCGCUCAGGCAUUUAAAAGUAUUGGAUUGGUGAAAGCGGCUGGAGGGACUUUCCACCUGUUCCUUUUAAAGGAAUUUACUGGUACAAAUCAAAUCAAAGUUUAUUGGUCACGUACAUACACAGUUUAGCAGAUGUUAUAGCAGUUGCAUCGAAAUGCUUAUGUUACUAGCUCCUAACAAUACAGUAAAAUGUCAAACAAGUAUCCAAAUAAUGAAAAUAUUUGUAAAAAAGUACAGCAAAAAAAAAAAAAAAGUCAGUAAGAAUCCAAUUAAUAACCCAAAAGCACUGUAACAGUAAUCAAAAUGCAAUCUAUACGUUUCUACCAUAGACAUUAAAAUCAGGUUUGUACACCGGAAGAAUUUACACAAUAUAUACUAAGAAUGAUAUGUACAGCAGUAUAUAUAUAUUAGAGUGAGCCAUGUCAAGAAUCCAGUAUAUAAAUAAAUAUGCGGUGUGAAUAAACAGUGUAACCAAAUACAAAGUACAGUAGUAGAAGUAUUAGAAUGAGCUAUGCUGGGGAUAUACAGUAUUUAAAUACUCUGUGUGAAACAGGAAGUGUCCAAUGGUUCAAUGUCUCUAUGACAUAGGACAGCAGCGUUAACUGUGUGUGUGAGAGAGAGUGUGUGUGUGUGUGUGUUUGUGAGUAUGAGGUGUGUGUGUGUGUGUGUGUG